AUGCCUUCCACCGGUUCAGCAAAUGGGCACAGGUCCCUAACGAACUAUGUGUCUUUCCUAGAUCUGGAUACAGGGCGCACCCGCGUUGGUCAUUAUGAUCUCGCGAAUGGAUCUAUCCAGCCAUUGGCCUUCUUGUCCGGAACGCCGCUAGACAACAUCUACCAGGUGAUUGAAAUUGGCGAAUCUAACAUCAUCCCUUCGGGCAAAACUUUACUAGCUUCCGCCAUCAAGAUCUUGCCACCCUUCACCGGCCGCGAUAUCUUGUGUGUUGGCAAAAACUAUGCUGAACAUGCGAAGGAGUUCAAUAGCUCAGGCUUUGACAGCUCAGACAAAGUAGACACGCCGUCCCACCCUGUCAUUUUCACCAAACGUUUCACUUCCAUUAUUGGAAAUGGCGAUGAAAUCUUGCCGCAUUUGGACUUCACGGAGACAGUUGACUAUGAAGGCGAGAUCGGUGUUGUCGUUGGCAAAGCUGGAUUUCGCAUAUCAGAAGAAAGCGCAAUGGACCACGUAUGGGGCUACACAAUUGUCAAUGACGUGACGGCGCGUGAGCGUCAAAGAGACCACAAGCAGUUUUAUAUUGGAAAGUCUCCCGACACAUUCUGCCCCAUGGGACCGAUUGCAGUACCAGCAUCCAAGCUAGAUAAGGUAUUGCAGCUGGAGACGUACGUCAAUGGGGAGCUGCGACAGAAAGCCACAACAAAGGACCUGAUCUUUUCCAUUCCUCAUCUGAUCAAGACCAUGUCCGAAGGGCAAACACUCAUGCCGGGCGAUGUUCUUGCCACCGGAACACCUGCAGGCGUUGGUAUCGGAAGGAAGCCACCAAUCUAUCUCAGGCCUGGUGAUACUGUCGCCGUAUCCGUCAGCGGUCUGGGUACUCUGACGAAUCGCAUUGCAAGUCCAAACUCGAACAAUCCGACCAUCACCACGGUUGGAAGCACGUUGUCCCGUAUACAGCCCUGUAACUUGGCUAAAAGCAUCGACAAUACGUCGCUGACAAUCAUCAACAACAAACCACUCUACUACAAAAGUAUCGGUGUACAAUCAAAACUAUCUAUUGUUUUCAUCCAUGGUCUUGGUGGCACCUCUGACUUCUACACUCCACUGAUCCAGUCUCUGGGCCUUGAAACCACGCACUCCCUACAUCUAUUUGACCUAGAAGGCCAUGGACUCUCACCAUCCUCGCCACUUAGCAAAGUGAGCAUCGAAUCUAUUGCCAAUGACGUUAACGGCAUAUUCGAGAAGGCGAACAUCACGCCGGAUGCAACGCUCAUAGCUCAUUCAAUGGGAUGUCUUGCAGCUGUUCAGUUCGCACUGAUGCAUCCAAACAAGAUAUCGAACUUAAUUCUAAUCGGGCCUCCACCGUCACCUCUACCUGAAGCAGGGAGUGCGGGUGCCCACGCUCGAGCUGAGACGGUGCGAAGUAAGGGCAUGCACGCUGUUGUCGAUGCUGUUGUCUCCGCUGGUACUUCGGAUAAGACGAAAACUACGAAUCCAGUAGCAGUAGCUGCAGUGCGCAUGUCGUUACUUUGUCAGGAUCCCGAGGGGUACGCGAAGGGAUGUACGGCACUUGCAGAGGCAAAAGCGCUCGACUUUGCCAUGAUCCAACCCAGAACGCUCAUCAUCACAGGGACUGAAGACAAGGUAUCGCCACCUCAGUUGUGCGAGAAAUACUUGAAAGGGCUAGGAGAUAAGGGAAGUCUGCAUGUACUGGAAAGUGUGGGGCAUUGGCAUGUUCUAGAGGACUUUCAAGGUACUGCGAGCGCUGUAAAGGCGUUUCUGUAG